AUGGCGUCGAUGGUGUCCUCCGGCUCAGCUCUCCAGGAAGUAUGGCAUGAGGUCUACGCGGCGUCGAACCCACCCCCGCUCAGCCAUAUUCGCGAGCUUGGAAGAGGAGGGUUUUCUAUUGUCGACGCUGUGCAAGUAACCGGAGGCCUGCAUUCAGGGCGAGUGAUGGCUCGGAAGGUCGUACGCUUGCCGCGUCUCCCCAGCAAACAUCGCAGCCUGCUACGCUCCGUCCUCGAAGAGGUGCAGAUUCUCAAUCGUCUCAAACAUAUUCACGUUAUCACUGUCGCGUUUACCUACGAGGAACUCGAUGCCAAAAGUAGGGCCAUUGCUUUCGGUAUCUUGAUGCCGACGGUGGCGGAGCAAAGCCUUGCUGAAUUCCUAGAAGACCAGGAAUCCGAUCUUCAAGACUACCGGGACCGUCAAAUGGAGAUGGAGGCCGCUCAACUACUCCAGAAAGCCCGCAAGAGAUUGGGGAAAUGGUACCUGUGCCUUGCGCAAGCACUCGCAUAUCUCCACCAGGAGCGCGUUCGGCAUCGGGAUAUUAAGCCAGCGAACAUCCUAAUCAAGGACGAUGCCGUGUUUCUGACCGACUUUGGCCUCUCAAAGUACUUUGAAGAUCAGUUGACUACGAUGACCUAUGGGGUAACCGAGAAAACACAAAUGUAUUGCGCGCCGGAGGUGGCAGCAAGUGAACACAGAGGCCGUCCCUCGGAUAUCUGGUCAUUAGGCUGCGUCUUUCUCGAAAUGACGACUAUUUAUGCCGGUGCUUCACUUUCUGAAUUUGCAUCUACGCGAGGCCCUGUUGGUCAACGUGCGUACCACUUGCAUCCCGAAACGACCCUUCGUUGGGUCCGGAUGCUUCAGAACAUCCAGCCUCGGAUAUCGGAAACCUCUAUAUCCUGGUGCUUAUUCAUGCUCAACCCAGUCGCGUCCAAGCGUAUAACAGCGAUGUCCUUAGCCGACUUGACGCUGUCUCCGACCUCAAUCGGAUCAUCCGAUUUUAUUUCUCCUAAUUGCUCUUGUACGCGAUCUGAAAAGCCUUCUUCGAAAGUAGGUGCCCAAAAAGCGGCAAUUCGGCAUCUGGAUAUCUACCUUUCAACUACGGAGCUUUACACUUGGGAUGACCUGCGAAGUUUCGAGGAAUAUCAACAGCAGGCCGCCAAAGGCACGCCACAAACCUCUGGAGACGAUCAACCGAAUCCGGAACCUGCAUUUAAAGCUAUCUCAAUCGCAGACUUUUCUCUAGACGUCCUAGAGACAGUAGAUGCCACCUCUCUUUCUCGACCUGCGCAAGACAGAUUGGCUCAGGCUAAGAAGGCAGCUGCUGAAGGUGUUGCAGAACUUGCGGCGGGACAGGAAGUUCCUCGCAGACAGACCCAGAGCCAAGACAACCCCGCAAAUGACGGCGAAAGCAGUGGGGAGGAGACUAUCGAGAGCCGUGUAGCUCGCAUCAAAGCUCGCGUUGCCGAGCUUACUGGGAAUGUUGGUGGUGAGGAGCGGCGUUAGAAUAUCAACCGGAUCUGAUCUCGAAAUUCGAUCCGGUAAAUGAUGUGGCGAUCAGCGCUGAACUCCGCGCCCUUGCCAUGUAAGACUACGAAAUGUUAUCCCAAGGCGCAAAAGAGCUCCAUGAGAGUGGUAUUACAACCGGAUUCGAGAUAUGGAACGUACACUGGUGGCGUGGGAGCACAGUUGAAUGGGCAAUCAUGCCAAGCUUUCUUUAAGGCGACAAGUGACAUUUUACGACUGAAUACUUCAGUAACUAGUUUAAGUGUCUACGCUAUCAUUACGUGUAUGCGCCCU